UUUUUAGUAAGAAAAUUCAUCUGUAAAAAAAAUUCCAAACCCAAACCGCAUGAGAGAAACGAAACGACUGAGACACAGAUACUGAAAAAGGUUAACGUCCCUAAAACAGAAAACCCCUUCGGCUUCCCGCGCCUGAUUUCCUAUUCCCUACGUAUUUAUUAUCUAUCCAUAAGUAUAGGUCCAGCAAUUUUGCAAAAACAGACGACAUCGCUAUGACUCAGCCAUCGGUCCCACCGCCGCUGGCGUCACAACCACCGCCAACGCCAGCGCCGCAGUCACAAGGCGGAGGCGUCCAGGUUCGGUGUGCAGGUUGCCGGAUGAUCCUGACUGUGGCACCGGGUCUGAUUGAUUUUGUGUGUCCGAGUUGUCAGAUGCAUCAAAUGUUGCCGCCGGAGCUGAUGAGUAGGGUCCACAACAACCACCAGCAAAAAAACAUACAACAGUCGCAAGUUCCAGCUCACGGCAUCGAUCCAUCGAAGAUCCAGCUUCCUUGUGCUAAUUGCAAGGCUAUUCUUAAUGUUCCUCAUGGCUUAGCUCGGUUUGCGUGCCCGCAGUGUGGUGUCGAUCUCGCCGUCGAUUUGACCAAAGUUAAACAGUUCUUUUCUCUUCCUCCGACGAGACCGCUGCCUCCUCCCGAGGAAGUCAACGAGGUAGCCAUUGAAGUGGAGCGAGAUGAAGAUGAAGGUGGCAUAGUGGGAGAAACAUUUAUAGAUUAUCGACCUCCAAAACUAUCUAUUGGACCAGCUCAUCCAGAUGCAAUUGUGGAGACAUCUUCCUUAUCUGCAGUACAGCCGCCUGAGCCCACUUAUGAUCUAAAAAUAAAGGAAGAUUUGGAAACAAAAAAGGCUUUGUCGUGCUUGCAGAUUGAGACGUUGGUGUAUGCUUCCCAGAGACAUCACCAGCAUCUUCCAAAUGGUGCCAGGGCUGGAUUCUUUAUUGGAGAUGGAGCUGGUGUUGGUAAAGGUCGAACAAUUGCGGGGUUGAUAUGGGAGAAUUGGCUCCAAGGGAGGAGGAAAACAUUGUGGAUUUCUGUUGGUUCAGACUUAAAGUUUGACGCGAGAAGAGACUUGGAUGAUGUGGGUGCAACAUAUAUUGAAGUGCAUGCUUUAAACAAGCUACCCUAUUCAAAGCUUGAUUCGAAGUCUGUUGGAAUAAGGGAGGGAGUAGUAUUUUUGACAUAUAGUAGCCUUAUUGCUUCUUCUGAAAAAGGACGUUCUCGUCUACAACAGCUUGUUCAAUGGUGUGGAUCAGGGUUCGAUGGUCUUGUCAUAUUUGAUGAGUGCCACAAGGCAAAAAAUUUGGUACCUGAAGCUGGAAGUCAGCCAACACGAACAGGUGAAGCAGUUCUUGAGAUCCAGGCUCGACUUCCUGAAGCACGUGUUGUUUAUUGCUCAGCAACUGGUGCAUCUGAGCCACGCAAUAUGGGUUAUAUGGUCAGGCUUGGUCUUUGGGGAGCUGGAACAUGUUUUGAUGAUUUCCAGAAGUUUCUAGGUGCUCUUGAAAAGGGGGGUGUAGGAGCAUUGGAACUUGUUGCCAUGGAUAUGAAAGCAAGGGGAAUGUAUGUAUGUCGUACCCUUAGCUACAAAGGGGUUGAGUUUGAAGUUGUUGAAGCACCUUUAGAAGCUGAAAUGAUUGAAAUGUACAAAAAAGCAGCAGAAUUUUGGGCUGAGUUGCGAGUGGAAUUGCUUUCUGCAAGUGCUUUUCUUGCUAGUGACAAACCCAUUUCUAGUCAAUUGUGGAGAUUAUAUUGGUCAAGCCAUCAGCGUUUCUUUAGACACAUGUGCAUGUCAGCUAAGGUUCCUGCUACUGUAAGACUAGCUAAGCAAGCAUUGAUGGAAGAUAAGUGUGUGGUUAUUGGCCUCCAGAGUACUGGAGAGGCUCGAACUGAGGAAGCUGUGACAAAAUAUGGUCUUGAACUUGAUGAUUUUAUAUCCGGACCCCGUGAACUGUUGCUAAAAUUUGUGGAAGAAAAUUAUCCUUUACCAGAAAAACCUGAACCUCUCACAGCAGAGGAAGGUGUGAAAGAACUUCAGCGGAAGAGGCACUUAGCUACACCUGGUGUUUCACUGAAAGGGAGAGUUAGAAAACUUGCAAGAUGGAAACCAACAAGUGAUGGUGAAAGUGAUGAAGAAUCUGAAACUGACUCUGCACCUGAAUCCACUGAAUCUGAUGAUGAGUUCCAGAUCUGUGAGAUUUGCAAUACUGAAGAGGAAAGGAAGAAAUUGCUUCAAUGUUCUUGUUGUGGCCAACUUGUCCAUCCUGCAUGUUUAGUCCCACCCAUUACAGAUUUAGUGUCUGAAGACUGGUCAUGUUAUUCAUGUAAAGAAAAAACAGAUGAAUUUUUUCAAGCUAGGCAAGUCUAUCUAGCUGAACUCUUGAAGAGGUAUGAAGCAGGUUUGGAGCGCAAGUCAAAAAUUUUGGAGAUAAUUCGCUCCUUGGAUCUCCCAAAUAAUCCUUUGGAUGAUAUUAUUGAUCAGCUUGGAGGCCCUGAUAAAGUUGCAGAAAUGACUGGGAGGAGAGGUAUGCUUGUAAGGGCCUCUAAUGGAAAAGGUGUAACUUAUCAGGCACGGAACACAAAGGAUGUCACCAUGGAAAUGGUCAACAUGCAUGAGAAGCAGCUAUUUAUGGACGGUAAGAAAUUGGUUGCUAUCAUUUCUGAGGCUGGAUCAGCUGGUGUAUCACUGCAGGCGGACAGAAGAGCAGUCAAUCAGAAAAGAAGAGUUCAUUUGACACUAGAACUUCCUUGGAGUGCUGACCGGGCAAUUCAACAGUUUGGAAGAACUCAUCGAUCAAAUCAAGCUUCUGCACCAGAAUAUAGGCUACUGUUUACAAACCUUGGUGGUGAACGCCGAUUUGCAUCUAUAGUUGCCAAGAGAUUAGAAUCUCUAGGAGCGUUAACACAGGGAGACCGCAGGGCUGGACCAUCUUUGAGUGCUUAUAACUAUGAUAGUGCUUAUGGGAAAAAGGCUUUGAUGGUGAUGUAUAGAGGAAUAAUGGAGCAGGAUACCCUACCUGUUGUGCCUCCUGGAUGUUCUUCUGAAAAGCCAGAGACAGUUCAUGAUUUUAUUAUUAAGGCAAAAGCUGCUCUUGUUGCCGUUGGAAUAGUUAGAGAUUCUAUUAUUGGUAAUGGAAAGUUAUCUGGCCGCAUAAUUGAUUCAGACAUGCAUGAUGUUGGACGUUUUCUCAACCGGCUCUUAGGACUACCGCCUGAUAUUCAAAAUAGGUUGUUUGAGUUGUUUGUUAGCAUCUUAGAUCUUCUUAUUCAGAAUGCACGAAUUGAAGGCAAUCUAGAUUCAGGAAUAGUUGAUAUGAAAGCUAACAUUAUUGAACUGCAAGGAACUCCAAAGACUGUUCAUGUUGAUCAAAUGUCUGGGGCGUCAACAGUUCUGUUUACUUUUACUCUGGAUCGUGGAAUCACAUGGGAGUCUGCAAGUGCCAUACUUGAGGAGAAGCAAAAGGAUCACCUCGGAUCUUCUAACGAUGGAUUCUAUGAAUCUAAGAGGGAAUGGUUGGGAAGACGUCACUUUGUUUUAGCAUUUGAAAGUCCUGCUUCUGGCAUGUUUAAGAUUGUCAGGCCUGCUGUUGGGGAAUCAGUGAGGGAAAUGCCUUUGUCUGAGUUAAGAAACAAAUAUAGAAAAUUAUCUUCUAUUGAGAAAGCUCGUAGUGGCUGGGAAGAUGAGUAUGAAGUUUCAUCUAAACAGUGCAUGCAUGGGCCCAAUUGUAAACUUGGCAAUUUCUGUACUGUUGGCAGAAGACUACAGGAAGUGAGUGUUUUGGGAGGCCUCAUUGUUCCAAUCUGGGGCACUAUUGAGAAGGCCCUAUCUAAGCAGGCUCGUCAAAGCCAUAAGCGAAUUCGUGUUGUGCGAUUAGAAACCACCACAGAUAACCAGCGGAUAGUGGGUUUGCUUGUCCCAAAUUCAGCAGUGGAAACUGUGCUUCAAGGAUAUUUACACAGGUCUAAUUACAGCUUGGCACCAUGGUUGCAGAUCUAGCAUGGGUUCAAGAUAUUGAUGAUUGACAAGUAGUCAUUAGAUUGAUAGACACCAUAAGAAGUUGCAAUUGUGCAGAUACAAGCUUGAGCCUCAUGCGGAAGGAAGAUAAAAAGUGUUAUAUUCUGCACCAUCCAAUGAAAUUGUGCAAUCUCAUUUUUUGUUUUUUUAUUUUCAUUUUUUUGGCUCCAUUUUUUGGCUUAUAUAUAAUUUUGUAUAUUUCUAACAUCUCUGCAUAUUGCAGAAGAUGGACUAUAAUAGGUUACCAAGAUAUAUUGUUCAUAGCUCUUGGGCUAGUUUGUACAAUUCAUUGAAAAACUGAGUAAAAUUACAGUUAAAACUUAAAUUUAAA